AAGCGUAUUUACAAAAAAGCAAUUUAAUAAUGAAAUCUAAAUUAAUUUAAAUCUCACAUUUAUCUAAAUCAGUUUACCCAAGUAGGUUUACAGGUGACUACUUGGUAACGCCUCAAGAAUGGAUAAAAAAUAUGUUAAAACUGUCUUGGAAGGAUUAAAAUCCUCAACAUCUAAGCGUGUUCAGGAGUCACUUUUAAAAAUUAGAAGCAAAAUAAUCGUAACUGAGGCUGGAGUGAAGCUUUUUAGGGAGUGUCGAGGCUUAGAAUUAAUAUUGCCCUAUUUACGGAAACCCAAUGAAAGGUUUCUUGACAUAACGCUCAGCAUACUUGGUAAUUGUUGUCUAGAAGAAGAAAGUAGCUUGGCCGUUGGGAAACUCAACAUCUUUGGACCGUUAACAUUAAUUUUAAAAACUGUAUGUAAGGACAGUAUUGUAGGUAGAGCCUGUCGUACAAUAGGUAACUUAGCACAGAGAAGUAGUAAUGCUGAAGGCUUCCAUAACCAUGGUGUUGUCUCGGCAUUGGUCACGUUAAUUGAAAAUGGAGAUAAAAGUACAUCUUGUGCUACUAAAACGAUGGCUGUUCGUGCAAUGAGACAUUUGUGGAUGGUAACUGAUAAGAGAGAUGAAAUGCUUAGUUUGAAUGCUGUGCGCUGUAUAGCCAUAUUAUUGACAGUGGAAUGUGAAUCAGCUGGUAUUAUCAAAUCAUCUAGUUCUUCUAAGGAAACAGAUGGAUUGAGAAAGAGCCAAGAAGAAUUAGUGAUUGGAAUUUUAAAGUGUAUUGGCUUUUUCACAACUCAUCCUACAGUGCAAUGUGCAGAACAGAUACAAGGGGACGGAAGAGGGUAUCAAUGCCUUACUGCUUUAACAAACUCAUAUGAGUCGCUAGCUUUAAAAAGCCUCAUAAACUUGUGUUACUUGUCCUCAUGCAGGCCUUUGCUGGGCACGGCAGGAUUAGUAGAAUGCCUUGUGGGAAUUUUGCAGAAGAGCUCUGAUGUGUCACAGUGGCCUAAAGGUGCGUCACGUGCUCUUGCUCAUUUAAGUGGAGAGUCAGUGAAUCGAUCUCGUUUGAGGCGUUGUGGUGGACUUCCACUGCUGUUGACAGCUGCUAGAGUUGAUCCCAGUUGCAUGCAUGCACUGGUCCAAUACGUUUUUGAUGAUAUGUCAUUCCAAAUAUUAUUAAAUGAAGGCCUUAUUAACGUUUUAACUGAUGAACUAACUAAUUAUUUAAGUACAAUGAAAUAUGAACAUACUUAUGAACAGCACAGUGAAGUCUUAAAUGAAACAAGUGAAAAAAAAAAUCCAAACAAAACUAAAAGAGUUGAAGAUACUAGUGCUGAAACGUUCAAUUCUACUGAAGGAAAAAGUACCUUAUUUACUCGACGAAAAGCAAUAUCAGAUAAAAGUGAAGAUGAAUUAAAAGUAGUCAUCGAAAGAGAUAAUAUGAUAGUAGGAUUUGUUGAUGCUGUUGAAAGUGAUGCUACAGACAGUCAAAGUGAAGAUGAAUCAUCUGCACCACGCCGCAAAUGCCUUAAAAGGGCUAAGUCCAGUAGUCCCAAAAUAAAAAAUAAAACUCAAUUAAUAAGAAUGGCAAGUAAAGAUUGGUCAGCUGGUGUUUAUUGGGAGCCAAAAAGUCCUGAAUGGCCAUCUAUUUCUCAAAACUAUAGUUCCCAUUCUACAAGAAGUCCAGAUCGAUCAGAUUAUGGUCCACUUUCUCCAUAUUCAGAUGGGAAUCAAUCUGGAUUUAGUCCAGAAAAUAAAAGCUAUUCUAGUAAGAGGGCUCGAUGGGACUGGAGCCCUGAAUCUGGAAUUAGCACAGGGGAAGGAAGUUCUAUGUCACCAUCAUAUUGGACGGAUUAUCAGUGGAGUCCAAGUAGUGUUGGAAGUCCUGUCUCACCACUCAGUUUGCAAGAAGACAGUUCGGACUCAGAGGUAUCCGGUCGUUAUUCGCCGGUCUGCAGUGAACCAGAUGGUGAGGCUAUCGACUUGGCGACUACACAUAACUCGGUGUCAGAACUAAACGCAGCGCAAGUUGCUCAGGACUUAGACGAGCUUAUCAUGGAUGACGACGAUAGCGUAGAAGAAGUAGCUGCGAAUGAAGAAGAGACAAACACAACUUCCUCGCGCAUAGCCUGUGUACUAGUCUUAUUAUUUCGAGUGUCCCAUGGAGAGUGCAGUUCAAUUGGAACACUGCGAGACGAACCUACUUCUAGUCAUACAUUAGAACUGGUUACCGGACAGGGUUGCCUUAACGCGUUAUUAGAUUAUGUGGAAAGAUGUAAGAGGCCUUUGGGUCGCGCCGCUCGUAUUCUAGCUCGAGUGUUGAGCAACGCCCUGUGUUUGAAAAGUAUAUUAAGGCAUAGAUUAGCGCUAAGACUGCACAGUAUGUCGGUUAGCUCUAAACAUCCGUCUGCCAAAUGCCAACAAUGUAAACAAAUUAUACGGCUCAGUACUAAAUUAUUGAAACAGUUAACAAUUUUAGCUGAAUCAAGUUAUGGUAUUGGUGAAAUCAGUUACCAGCUAUUAAAAGGUAGUUGUGCUAUGAAACAAACACUGUCUUUGACAUUACCGUACAUCGUAAGGACUGAAAAACCGCUGAAAAAAUAUUUCAUCGACUGUAGCGCUCUUAAUAUGCUAUUUUCAAUAAUUUCCGAAUCCAAAGAAGACCUACAAUCGUGCGUGACAGCAUUAUCUAAAUUAGCCACGAAUCUACAUAUCAAGGACCCUAAAAUACUCGAGAACAAAUUUAAAGAUCAAGUUUGCGUUAGCUACGAUCCUAUACUCGAUAAUUUGUCCAAUGACGAUAUAGUAACCUUUGAGUUGGACGAUUUGUCGACAGUUCAAGCCAACAAAGUGUUUUUGUGUCAAAACUCGGAAGUGUUCAGUGCCAUGCUAAUGGGGUGUUUCAGGGAAUCGUUUGAAAAAUGUGUCAAACUUAAAAACGUAACGAAACCAGCUCUUAAAUAUCUUUUUACUUUGUUACAAUGCGGAUUGAAUAAUCCCAAAAGUGAUGUUCAAAUUUUUCCUUUGGCAGAUGAAUUGGCAACAAAUUUAGAAGUUUUGUUACUCGCCGACAGAUUUUUGUUUGAAAAUUUAAAGGUUUCACUGAGCAGUGCUAUUCUUCAGUUUCAAAUGACUCCUGAAACUGCCGAUAAGAUUUAUGUGUGGUCUCUCAGCGAAGGAAUGGGUUUCUUGUGUGUGGAAUCUGUUGCUUACAUAUUAACAGGGAAAAUGGACGAAAUAGAUCGAGCUCGUUCAUUUGAAACUAUUUUAGGUCUAAAAUAUAGAGAACCGUGGUUGGAGGACAUCAAGUCAAUGAUUCAAAGGCAGCUACUCAAAUGAUAUUAUAUUUUCACAAUUUUGGUAUAUGAACAAUCUAAUAAAAAUUGUAGCCAUCUAAUAUAUGGGCUGGUGUAAUGCUAUUGUGUAUGUCCGUUUAGCAACCGCUUCAAAAAAACUUGCGUUUUCUAGUUUGAAGGGUGGGGCAGCCAUUAUGUGUGUCUCAUGUCCCCAAGGGUGCGGCGCUACUUACCUUCCGAUAAGCGGGUUCCGGUAACCCAUAAGUAUUAAACGUCACCCCUAAACCACUUUAGAACCAGGUGGACCUGUCAUCUAAGCAAUAACAAAAAAAAAACAAAGAUACAAUCAUUGUACUGUCGAAUGAAGAGUUUGCCCUCAUGUCUUAAGCUAAAGGGCGCCAUCUGCGUUAUGAUGUCAAUGGUUUCCGGUAAUCACGUAACACGUUGACCGCGGGUUCAUCUGUCCACCUUAAACAAAAAAAUACAUAAAUAAAAAGAAAUGAGUAAUCAGGGAAAGGUAUAAAUAUUAUGUUAAACCUUGUAUUUGUCUUAAAAUAUGAGGGGGAGAGAAAAAUAUAAAAAUAACGAGAGAUAUAAGAGAAUCUAUGAGAUGCUCAGAUGCACCUUUUGCAAGGUGAUUGUAUAAAGACAAUGUACCCAUAAACACAACCCACUAAGUUUUUCGCCGGAUUUCCUGUGGGUCGAGACUUCGAUUCAGUGAACCACUACACUUACUAGGGCCAGUACUAAGAAAUUCUGUCAGGGUAAGCCCGUAAGCCACCAUAUCAAAUUUGUAUUGAGUUGGAACGUUUGCCUACGUUUGCCGCUACAGUGCCCCACUGUUCCAACUGCAUAAAAAGUUGAGUUAACUUUUACGCUAUCGAAAGCGUUAAAAAACUCGCACUAAGCACACAGGUGUGUAGUGUAAACGAAGAUACACAACAGUAACUGUGCACCUGAUAAUUUGAAAUUUUUAUUUGUCGCUUAAAUAUAUUUUCCCAUUGUUUUACUUUUCAGCUUGUAUGUGCCUUUGCGAAUUCUGGUCUAUUUUUGGCUUUCUAAUAGUAAACUUUUUUUUAGCAGCAACAAAUCCUCUUAAUCCCGCAAAUAGUAAAUGUAUUUUAACUGUUGUUAUUGAAAUGUCUGUUGUUCGCGAUAAUUCACAGCUGCGGUUAAUAGAGACGCAAUUAAGUGAUAAUUCCGUUUAGAGAAAUCGAAUAAAAUUAUCUUUAUUUUCCCAGUUUCUUUCUUGUUUUUUAGCAAGCGUAGUUUCUAAUAGACCUUUGUACCUUUACAAGAAAUGCCGAAUGUGCAAUUUGACUUUCGUGAACAAAUAGUCCUUCGCUGUUCUAGUGUAAAUAGCUUAUGUUUUGCGAUUUUUAGAAAAAAAAGUACGGUAAAAGCAGUACCUAGUUAAAAUCUUCUGAAUAGAGACAAUAUUAAUAUCACAACCUUCGCAAGUGCGACCAAAUUAAUAAAGUUAGAACUAGCAACAAUAAUUAUAAAAUUAUAUUAUAUUUUUUAUAAAAAAACAGUCACGAAAGUCAUAAAUUAAGUUGCUCUCGGGUCCACGCGUCUUCUUACGGGGUCGCGGAUCGAGCCCCCGGGUAUAGGCUCCGUGCCUAACGAGGCAGGGCCCGGCAGAGGUGAGGAUAAAAUAGGUGUUUCGUCAAAAUCAAGGAAAUCUUUUUGUUGAACAUGUAAUAAUACUAUUUGUAUAAACAAUCUAAAAAAACAUUUUACGUCAUAGUAUCGCAACGUUCUUUUUUGUAUAAAAACAGCUGUAUUUCCAAUCUUUUGGACGGCAUUGUAUAUGAUUGUAUAUAGAAAGAAAAAAGUAGUUAUUUAAAGGCUUGAUUGUGUCACUCAAACCCAGUACUUAUCUCGACCUUUUGUCUGUGUAUAUCUGUCACGCUAUUUUAUUAUGUUAGGGUUUUUGUAUGUAUAUUGUAAUAUGCCUGUGAUUUAUACUGCCAUUAAGAUUAGUGUUAGUAAAUAAAACAAAUAUAAUAAUAAUUAUUAUUAAUACAAAAUAUUUAUUUAUUUGCUAAACCUUUAAAUUUGAAAGUUGUCUGAUAACAAUUUCACUAAAUGUCGGUCCAUAAAAUAAAAUAAAAUAAUACAAUUAGAAAUAAAUUUAUGUCGUAUUCAAAUCCAAUGAAUUAUUCAUUAUAUAAAUUUAAUUUCAACAUUAAAUAUUAUCCUAGCAUGUCCAAAUUUAUUAAAAUUAUUAGAUUCAUUAUUUCUAAUCAAAUAGAUAAAAUAGGUGAAAAUAUGACA